AUGCGGUUCACCGACCAAGAAGCACAGCGUCGGAUCGCGAACCAGCCGAAGCCGUUCUCGGCUGAGGAGCACGCCGACCUACGCAAGCAGCUCAGGAACGUCAACUUCAUCAAGCCAAGAUUCGCAGACGAAACCGAGAUCAAUAUUGCGGUCGUAUGCAGGAAAUGGAAACGGUUCGCUGCGAGAAGCCCAGGCGCUGAUUUCUUGUUGACUGACCUCUACAACAACAGUUACUGUAAAGAGCAGAACCUCGGCGAGUGGCAAACAGCCUUAGAAAACGUAACUCGCGAGACAAUGAUGAGCUUCUUUCUCCGGGUCAGCGAGUGGUCGAAAGGGAAAAUCAAAUCAUGGGGUACGACGCAGGUAUAUAUCCGCCAGUUUCAGCAGCUAUACAACACCGUCACCGGUCGCUCCAUGGACAGGAAUGAUGCCAAGGAGCUCUAUAAGUUUCACCACACGAUUCUGAUUCCCCGCUUCGGAUACCGGGCACCUAAUAUCAACGGGAAGCCAGUCCUCGGAGCCGAUAACCUACAGGCCAUCUUGACAUUCAACAUCGCGUAUGAUACUGGUAUCUUCCCGUCAGAACGGCAGCGCCCUCAGCUGGCUGGUUGCUACCAACUUCUCUACUACACUGGUGCGCGACCUGCCGAAAUCGUGCAUGCCGAAAGGAAAACACCCAAAGACGGAUGCACGGACGAGAUUUUCAAGCUCAAAGGCGUCAAGUCCAUCAAUCAUGAGUGUGGCAAAGAUAACGACUCCCUUCUCGACAGACUGUUGCUACAGGAAACAGCUGGGCGAGGGCGUCCCAAAGCCUUGUGCUAUGAGGACAUACUGAUGAUGAUUGUUCGCCAUCCAGUGACGGGUCGAGCCGUACCAGCGAUGGCCGUCAAGUUUAUCCACCACAAAGGAGCUGACAACAAGCCAAGGCCGACUGUCUUUUUCUUCACGCCCGCAAGGAAGCUCAUCUUCUGUGCCGUCAGCACCAUCAUCGCUCUAGCGCUCCACGACCAGGCUUUCGACGCAGCGAGCCUGACAGAUGCGACCCAGAUACUAAGAGCAGAGGUCAGGGGCCCAGUCCAGUCUACGGCUUUGCGGUGGAAGCAGUCAAUGCUCAAGGUUCCGAUUUUUCGAAAGCUUAGCGGCGGUGCGUUGGCCGUCGGCGAGGCCAUGAGCUAUUCUAAAUUACGAGACGACAUGGGCCGACAGAGCCUUGAUGCAGGUUUCGAGAAGGCCUGGACGCCACGGUUCGCCCGAAGAGGGGCGGCGAAUGCAGCAAAUGGGAAUGCCUCUGAUGCCGUCCGCGACCAGAUGAUACGCCACGAUCCCAAGUUCGCCAGGUUCCAAGGCGCGUACCUCAACGAGAACGUUGAGUUCGACCUCCAGAACACAUUCCUAGAAGAGGAAACCGAGGAGCAGAUGUAUAAAGUGUUUGCGCAUGUCAGCCUCACGCGCGAUCCCCGGGCAACGAGGGACAUGGUCCCCAAGGAGGUCUGGGAGAACUUGUCACCCGAUCCGGAAAUUCUGGAGCUGGAGCAACGACGACAGAAUUUGAAGGGUGGUCAAUACCGAGUGCAAGGAGACGAGAACGAAGCCGAGAUUCGCAGGCUAACCGAGGAGAUACGCUCGAAGCGGGAUCAGCGCGACAAGAACGUCGUCAAAGAGUAUCGCGAAUAUUAUUUCUACAACCGCCCAACAUGGGAUAUCGAGAGGCAAGAAAAUGGCGAAGAAGAGGAGGAGUAUGCUGAACCGGAAACCAACCUCCAGAUUCCCGAGCGCACCAGACUGGCCCACAUCCUCUGCCACCAACCAGUCGACUGCUCUCACGACAAACUCAUGGAGCUUUGGAUUGAGGCUAUCGAUCUGAUGGUCACACUUUGUAAUAAGAGAGAGACGGUCAGACGAGACCGCAUCCGCACCCAUCCUCAACCCAAGCAACCUAUCGAAGAGGAGAGCCCUCAAGCCAAGUCUUUCCCACUCCUCCUCGACCCGAAUCAGUGUCCUGUGUGCGUCGGCGAUGAGAGGCUCCCCCUAGAAGAACGGACUUUCAAGUACUGCCGGCCGGCAGUCAGAAACGACCACUUUGACAACCAGCAUCUAGUAGAACGAGAGCGCGCUAUACAACGUGGUGAUCUCAUUCGAUGUAACCAUCCUCAAUGCCAGCAUGAUCCAAACUUCCCGACAUUGGAUGCGUUCAGAAGGCACGUGCAUGACUCCCAUGGGGUUUCGCUCAGGACGUCAGAUCAGGUCAUGCAAAGACGAUCAAAGAAGUUCAAGCGUAGACUGAUGGCUAAAGGGAUGGAAGCCCAGGCUGAGGGCCAGUCCUAG